UGUUGAGAUACUUGUGCUUAGAUCGAACCGAAAAAGGAAAAAUGGAGGAAUCAAUGCCCGAAGAGAGAAUGUUGAUGUUGUAUUAAAAAUUCCCAUAUUUCUAAAAGUGUUUGCCCAUGAUCAAAGCUUCGUUUCCAUUCCACUGCCCACUGCUUCUUCUUUCUCUCUCUCGCCUCCAAUGGCCGGCUCCUCUCUCCCCACCAAUCCAUUAGCCUUCGCCCCCAUUUUCUUCCUCCUCGUCCUCUCUACAUUCAUCUUCUUCACCAAGCGAAACGCCGAGGUUUUUUCCCUCUCUCUCUUCCGAGAUCUCUCCUUCCAGACCCCAUUUACCGUCUCUCUCGUUUCUCCCCCUCCGACGGCCCAACCCCACAUUUCCUUUUCUGAUUUGGGUGCUGAUUCUUCUGCCCUGAAGUCUUUACGCAACUCGUCUUCGCGGGAAUCGGUGCUUGAGGAUAAGCGCUCGGUUUCUGCUGUGGGAGCUGGCGGUGAAGCUGAUUUGCCCAUGGAGGGAUUGAAGAAGUGUGAUCUUUACAUGGGGACUUGGGUUAAAGAUGAGCGCUACCCGAUUUAUGGAGUGGGUUCUUGUCCGUAUGUUGAUGAGGCUUAUGACUGUGGGAACAAUGGGAGGGCUGAUUCUGAGUAUACCAAAUGGCGGUGGAAGCCUUAUGGCUGUGAUCUCCCGAGAUUUAAUGCAACAGACUUUUUGGUGAGACUGAGAGGCAAAAGAUUGAUGCUCGUUGGAGAUUCUAUGAACCGAAACCAGUAUGAGUCAAUUCUUUGUCUCCUUAGAGAAGGACUUCAAGAUAAGAGGAGAAUGUUUGAGACCCAUGGCUAUAAAAUAACUAAGGGAAGGGGUUACUUCGUCUUCAAGUUUAAGGAUUAUGACUGUACGGUGGAAUUUGUGAGAUCACAUUUCCUUGUGAGGGAGGGAAUUCGUAUAAAUGCUCAAGGAAACUCAAACCCUACUCUAUCAAUUGAUCGAAUUGACAAGAAUUCUGGACGCUGGAAGCGAGCUGACAUUCUUGUGUUCAAUACUGGCCACUGGUGGACUCAUGGAAAGACUGCUCGUGGGGUAAAUUAUUAUAAAGAAGGUAAUUUUCUUUACCCGCAGUUCGAUGCUGUCGAGGCUUAUAGACGGGCGCUCAAGACAUGGGGAAACUGGAUUGAUAACAACAUAAAUCCAGCUAAGCAGUUGGUCUUCUAUAGAGGAUACUCUUCUGCCCAUUUCAGAGGUGGAGACUGGGAUUCAGGAGGAUCAUGUAACGGCGAAACUGAACCAGUCUUAAGUGGUGCCAUCAUCGACAACUUUCCUCUGAAAAUGAAGAUAGUCGAGGAAACGAUCAAGGGAAUGAGGGUUCCGGUCGUACUUUUGAACGUUACGAGGUUAACCAAUUUUCGCAAAGACGGUCACCCGUCAGUCUAUGGUAAGAAUCGGACCGCUGCAAGAAAGGUUUCAACGAGACGGCAGGACUGCAGCCAUUGGUGUCUCCCUGGAGUUCCCGACGCCUGGAACGAACUUAUUUACGGCACUCUAGUUUCUCUGUCAAAAAGAUCCAAGUCCAUCUAGUUGAGCAACAGCAACAUUCCUCUCUCAUUUGGGAAAGAAUCCAAAAUGGUUUCCCAGAAGAAGUUUCACCUGGUGAGGCUGCAGCUUGAAGGCCAGUCACAGCUCCUUGAAUGUUAGUCAUGUCUUAUUUGCUUUCUCCUAGCUGCUCUCUUCCUAUAUUUAUAUUACUUUUACCCCCCAAAGCAAAUGUUUUGGUAUAAUUUUAUAUAUUAGAUAUGCAAGGCAGGAAGGCUUUCUGAAGAUCUGUUUUGGUAUAAUUUAUACAUUAUAUAUAUGUAAUGCAGUUGGUAGGAAGGCUUUCGGAAGACGUUCAAAUGAUAGUGAUAACUUUCAGACGACCUUACUUGAACAGGAUCUGUUCUAUGGAUUGUAAAACUAUGUUCUUGAAUUCUAAAGAUAGUGAUUACUUUGCAUAAUACACACCUUUCAGUGUCCAAGUGAGGUCAUAGUUAAAUAAUAUUCUAAUUCUACAAA